AAAGCAAAAACAAUCAACUCUGGUUCAUUAAAUAAAGAUGGAAUCAAUGGCAACAUUCAAACGCAAACAUUCACGUUCCGUGAACUAGCUACAGCUACAAAAAAUUUCAGACCUGAUUGUCUUAUAGGUGAAGGAGGCUUUGGAAGAGUUUAUAAAGGAUACCUGGAGAGUACUGGACAGGUUGUAGCUGUUAAACAACUUGACAGAAAUGGCCUCCAAGGAAACAAAGAAUUUACUGUCGAAGUUCUAAUGCUCAGUCUUCUUCACCAUCCAAAUCUAGUCAAUCUUAUCGGAUACUGUGCAGAUGGUGAACAGAGAUUGCUUGUAUAUGAGUUCAUGCCUUUGGGCUCUCUGGAAGAUCAUCUGCUUGAUCUGAAGCCUGAUAAGAAACCAUUAAAAUGGUACACUCGAAUGAAGAUAGCUUAUGGUGCUGCUCAGGGACUAGAAUAUCUUCAUGAGAAGGCUAACCCGCCGGUGAUCUACCGAGACCUGAAAUCAUCAAACAUUUUACUGGAUGAAGAUUAUAAUCCAAAGCUUUCAGACUUUGGCCUUGCAAAACUUGGCCCUGGAGGUGAUAAGUUCAAUGUUGCUUCUUGUGUAAUGGGCACUUAUGGCUACUGUGCACCUGAAUAUGCCAGAAUUGGUGAGCUCACCCUCAGAUCAGAUGUUUACAGUUUUGGAGUAGUUCUUCUUGAGCUGAUCACUGGAAGAAGAGUCAUCGACACAAGGCGAUCCACAAACGAGCAGAAUUUGGUUGCUUGGGCACAACCAAUGUUCAAAGAUCAGAAGAGAUUCCCAGAACUAGUUGACCCCCUUCUCAAACGUGCAUAUCCAGUAAUUGGCCUUAACCAAGCUGUUGGUGUUGCCGCCAUGUGCCUACAAGAAGAAGCUUCUGUUCGCCCUUUCAUGGCCGAUGUUGUAGUAGCCCUCAGCUUCCUCGCUGAGGGGCCGCCUCUUUCCGAAGCCUCCUCCAUUCCUUCCCACAUAGUCAAACCACCAGUCCCUGAAGAAAAAACUCAAUACCAUCCCCCUGAACCAAUAAUAAUAGACGGUGUCGAAAGAAGCCAUUCAAAUUCAAGUCACAGCGAAAAUUCCCGCCAUGGAAGCAGCAGAUCAAGCGGCCCAAUGCAGUUACAAAGAUUGCUAGAAUUCAAUCAAAGCUCUAGCUCAAUGUAUAGCAAGUUGUCUUCUUUUGGAAAUGAAAUUAGCCGUUCUUCCUCAAUGGAUUCAGUGAACAGUGAGGACUCUUCUCACCAACCAUCUUGUAAUCCAAAUUCGAAUGUGCAACAGGCAAGAAGUUAAUAUUGCCAAGCAUCAAAGAGCAUUAUUUCCAACAUUCUUGGAGUGCACAAGAGAGAAGUUGCAGCAUAAUAAAAGCCAUAGAUCUUUGACUUCGAGCUCGAGUUCAAGUCACAGCCGGAAUCUGAACUAGUGAUUGAUUUUCUGUCAUCUGAGGUCAAAGAGUUUAUACUUUCAUGAUUAUGCUAAUAUAGCUUGCUGCUUCCUAGGAAUGGUGCUUAUUGUGCAUUAUUGGUCUGUGAGUAGUGAAGUAUCUAUUCAAUUGUAUCAAUAUCAUCAGAUCAUUGUGCACCAUUUAUACAUUCGAAUGCUAUGCUAACAACAUAUACGUUCAGAACUCCUAUAUGCUUGGAGCCUAUCAAUAAGGAAUUCAUUUUUUAUACUUUUAGUAUUGUAGACAGACACAAAACCACUACAUUAUACAUUUUUGCUUAUAUUGA